AUGCAACGGGGUGCACAAUAUCAUUCUCGUGGGCAAGACUCUCCCGAGUACGGCCAGGCGUGGCACCGCUACCACUUCUACAGCAGAGUGCGCAAGUACGACGGGCUCGUCGCCAUCGUGCGCUUCUCCACAUUCAUUCCUGAGCUCAGCACGACCAUCUUCCACAGGUACCUCGUUGGGAACCAGCACUUCGUUGGCAACUGCCGCGCUGUGACUACCAACUGGAAUGCGACGCCGCUCGAAGGCCCGUUCAUUGUGAGCCGUGCGAGCGAUGCCGAGUAA